AUGUCCUCGCGCCGCCCAACGCCCUCCCGCCUGCGCCCGGGCAUCGGCUCGCGCAACGCCUCCCGCGUCUCCGCCACCUACCUCCCCGACGGCCCCGCCGACCUCAUCCUCCCCGACGGGCCCGUGGGCGAGCACACCGCAGAGCUCCUCCAUGAGUUCAUCCACCCCCACAGGCACGAGGGCGAAGACACCCUCGUCGAGGACGACGACGCCGGGGACGACGACGAGGAGCGCGAGAUCGACGCAGAGUGGGAGGCCAGGAAGGCCCUGCCGUGGUGGAGGACGCCCUCGCCGUACUGGUUCCUCGCCAUGAUCCCCUUCUCCUCGCUCACCAUGUCCGCCAUCAUGGCGCCCAAGAUCGAGAUCAUGACCCGCAUUGCCUGCAGAACCCACAAGCCAGAGUACACCUCCCAUACCCCUGCAGAUGCCGGCGGGGUCUAUAUGCCCAGCGCAGUCUACGUCCCGUCCCCAGACCUGGGGAGCUUCUCGCCUUCACUCAAUGCGACUGUCCCGUCUAUCGGAACCGAUGGAGGGAUGGAAGUGUCUAUCAUGUACACCCCCGCUGAGCGCGAACUGUACAAGAAGGAGCAAUCGCUUUGCGCAAAGGAUCCUGUCGUCCAAGCCGCCGUGGCCAAGCUCAAUACUGUUAUACUGGCAAGCACCGGCAUCCUGGGUUUCAUCUCGACCGCUUGGUGGGGCGCACUCUCCGACCGGCACGGCCGCGUCUUCGUCCUGCGCUUCACCGUCCUCGGGCUGCUCAUCCAGCUCUCCAACUUUAUCUUCGUCGCGCACUACUCGCAGUACAUCCCCGGCGGGUACUGGUUCCUCGUGGUCAGCGCCGUCAUCGAGGGCGCCCUCGGAGGGAUCACAACCGCUGCCGCGGCCACGCACGCCUACAUCGCUGACUGCACGCCCCCCGCCUCGCGCUCGCGCCUCUUCUCCCUCCAGCUCGGCCUCCUCUUCACGGGCACCGCCAUCGGGCCCACGCUCGGCGGGCUCGUCGUGCGCUUCACGCAGGACCUCCUCUCGCUCUUCUACAUCGCGCUCGCCAUCGACUCCGCCUACGCCUUCAUGGUCUGGUGCGUCGUCCCGGAGAGCCUCACCGCGCCGGAGAUGCGCCGCGCGCGCGCGAACCACGUCGGCGACGACGCGCGCAGGGGCGUGCUCGGCGUCUUCAGCCCGCUCGCGGUGUUCGUGCCCGCUAAGCGCGGCCGCGGGAAGGGACGCGAUUGGAGCUUGACGCUCGUGGCGGCUGCGUUUGGGCUGGUGAUCCUUAACUUUGGCGGCAUCACGUACAAGUUCCAGUAUGCGGCGAGCCAGUUUGGGUGGGGCUCUGAGGCGCUGGGGUACUGGCUGAGCUUGGUCGGCGCGUCGAGGGCGUUCCAUCUGACUAUCUUGCUACCUCUCAUCAUCCACCUCUUCAAGCCCAAACCCCCGCCGAUCCAGCUGCCCACGUCCCCCUCCGAGCCGCUCUCCCCCGGCUCCUCCACCGCUCCACCCCCCCUCGCGCCCAAAGCCCCCGCCUCGCCCUCCUUCGACCUCCUCCUCGCGCGCGGCUCGCUCCUCGUCGACGUCCUCGCCUACACGCUCAUGCCGCUCGCGCCCACGGGCGGCGCCUUCACGCUCGCCGCCGUGCUCGGCAGCCUCGGCGGCGGCUUCGGGCCCGCCGCGCAGAGCCUCGCGCUCGAGCUGUACGCGCGGCAGGGCGGGCGCGAGACGGGGCGCCUCUUUGGCGCGUGGAGCGUCGUGCAGGUGCUCGCGUCGCAGGUGCUCGGCCCCGCGGUGUACGGCGUGACGUAUGUGCGCACCGUGCGCACCGUCCCGCAGGCGAUCUUCUUUUUGUCCGCGGGCGGCGUCGCGCUGUCGUUUCUGCUGCUCGCGCUGAUUCGGCUGCCGAAGGAGGACGGGGGUGGGGAUGUGGAGGAGGCGGAGGGACGGCGCUCUUUGGGGAGGGAGGAGACGUUGGUGGGGGAUGUCGGGGAGGACAGGGGGCGAAAGGCGAAGGCGAAGAGCGUGGUGGGGGAAAGUGAGGAGGAAGUCUGAGGUGUGCUGUGUAUGAUAUUUAUUGACCCUGGCCCUCUCGGACGCUCGAGUGUUGUUCGUUUACGUUUUCGGUCACGACUUUUCUCCACACAUUCACGGCGUAGAUAGACAUAUUGUUCUGUAAGAUAGUAAUCCAGGUUCAUACGAAGUUCACAACAUUAGUUAUUGUUACACGACAUGGUGUAGUGAUUAGUAUACAAUCCAAAGGGUAUCCGCAUCGGAUAUCGACAGGGUACAAGGAACAAAUGUCCGGUAUACAAAAACAAAUAACGACAUGACUAGAACUACUUUCCUUGCAAAUACGACUCCACAGUCCGGGCGUAGUAGUUGUCGAAGGGCACCACGAACGAGCGCACCCUCCACCACCGCCAGAAGGUGUAGAACAGCGACCCGCCAACGAGGGCGGCAAGGCCGAGCAAGGCGGAGCCGGCACCGAUGAGGAUGAGCACCAGCCAGGUAAAGCCAACCACGCGGUCAAGCGUGCGGCCGAGGUAGCGCUUCAGGUUGGCGCGAGGGUCUGGAGUGGGGCGGUAGGAAGGCGGGAGACGGAGUGUUGGGG